AUGUCUGAAGAGAGGAGUGUCCACCCGCAUUGCAGGAACGCGCCGAAUCCGUACCAUGCAUGCAGUGCGUAUUGCUUCAGAAUCAUCGUCGCUGAGGCCAAAGCCCGUGAUAGGAGAGAUUCGGAAGCUAGCGCGAAGGGCAGCUAUUCCAAACUACAUUAUCAUGAGGCUGCAGCUUCGCAUGAUGAGAUAGAUGCUGACGGUGAUAAAAAACCGCCGGUUGAGGGAAAUGGGGAGGGGGACAUCACUAAACUUACGGGAAGGAAGAAGAAAUUGUUUGAGUUAAGGCCUAAGAUGAAUGAGGCGAGGAAGGCUAAUCAAACUGCAAUGGCCCACCCGGACUGCAGGAACACAUCGAAUCCGUACCAUGAAUGCAGUGCAUAUUGCUUCAGAAUCAUCGUUGAGGCCAAAGCUCGUGAUCGGAGAGAUUCAGAAGUAGAAGAAGCUAGCAAAGAGGGCAGCCAUUCUAAGCUACCUUAUCAUGAGGUUGCAGCUUCGCGUAAUUUGAUAGAUUAUGCUGAAGAGCCUGCUGAUAAUGAUAACAAACCGCCGGUACAGGAAAAUGUGGAGAGGGACAUCACUAAACUUACAGGAAGGAAGAAGAAAUUGUUGGAAUUAAGGCCUAAAAUGUAUUGUACUCUAACGAAACCAACUGCCUCUCUUAUGUCUUUCUUUGUCUGUUAG